UGUGAUUUACUUCUUCUCCGAGGCAAUAACAUGGCUGCACUAACGAGAUAUGCUCAACACAUCACAAGAAAUAUGCCACUCUUCACUGAUACCACAAACUUGAUGGUGGUUCCAGUGCGGUGCAUAAACAAAUUUUUUAAAAAGCCAUGUCAAAAACCAAAGAAAAAACCGACGAUUGAUUCGAUAAUGUCGUCAAUCGAGGCCAAAGGGUUCUUGCGACCGUAUAAACCGUACCAGCCACCUAAAGACGUUGCCGAGCGAGUGGAUCGGAUUUGCCUCUCGGAAAAUGUAAACAGCGACAAAGAUACUCGCAUCGACGACCUACUCUUGAGAUUCAAGUUGUUCACCAAGUGCAUUGCUGAAUUUGAUUACAGCAUCCCCAACUCGAGGCUCGUCGAAAUUAAAACCAUUGGUGAUUUGAUACAAUUUUACGAAACACCUGUAAUCACUACAACGCCACUGGAAGUCUUGCAAAACAUUGAACUACCGCCUAAUUUAUACGUGCGACAAGACUACCUACGCUUCCAUCCUGAUACGGACAAGAUGUUCGAUGGCAAAACAGCUUUCCCACAAAGCGCGACUCUGGUUAUGGGAUUGAAGUACAAAGACAAAUACGCGGGACAUCGACCAGAAAAGCCUUGGCCUAUCAAGCCUAAAAGUAUAACCGAUUAGUCACAUUUACGUAUUGUUAUUUGUUAUUAUA